AUGUCCGAUCCAAAGGUAGGCGAUGAGUUUGUUGACGCUAAACCAAUGAUCAUCAACUCACUCAAGGCACCUAGCUUCAACCCAAAACGAGUGAGUUUAUGGUUCGCGCAGCUCGAAGCUCAGUUUGCGAUCCACGGCGUAGCAACUGAGAGAGAGAAAUUCAACCACGUGGUUUCUCUCAUCGACACCGAGUAUGCAUGUGAGGUUGAGACCAUCAUCAUCAACCCACCAACGACGAUGCCAUACGCCGAGUUGAAAACCACGCUCAUCACGUGUUAUUCAAAAUCAGAAGAAGCUAAACUGCGUCAGCUUCUAAAUGGCGAAACGGUCGGUGACCGAUCACCAUCACAGUUCCUCCGCCAUCUUAAAUCGCUUGCGCCGUUUAACGCUGUUCUGAAAGCAAGAUGGCUGGCAAACUUGCCCAAGAAGACACAAGAGCUUCUAGCCAUCUCUCCAUCAACUGCCACCAUCGAUGAGUUAGUCGAAACAGUUGACACGUUACACGAGAUGUUUCCAGUGACUCACACCGCUGCCGUAGUUUCAUCAUCAUCUUCGCAGGAGACGAUGGCGCUGCAGAGACAAGUAAGCGAACUAUCUCAACAAGUAGCAGCACUGACGACAGCGUUCGACCAUAACCGUGGCAGAUCAUCAACUCGAAAACAAAACCAACGCUCCCGAAGCAAAUCAAAGCCACGCAAGCUUGAUAAAACAAAUAUCUGCUAUAACCAUACAAAGUUUGGUACAACCGCGUACUAA